AUGUAUAUCCCUCAGCCCUCCCAAGGCCGGGCGCCAAGGAGCUUCAGGCUCGGGACAGAGCCGCGCUCCGUCGCGCCUUCAUGGCCGCGCAGCCUUGAGGUAGCAGCGCGUACGGACAAAGCCGACAACACCAUCGCGAGGAGACAGGUCUCCAUAUCCGGUGGCCAAACCACUAACCUGACAGUUGGUAUCACGGUCGGGGUUGCCAUCCUCAUCUUUAUCCUUGGCGUGGGAGCCUUUCUCUAUUACUACAGAGUGUCCCUCAAAAAGAUUGGCCGCCGGCGACGUCGUCGUCGCCGUCACCACUCCCACAAGUCCGACAGCUCAAGGAGCUCCAAAAGUUCGGCCGACGACGGCCCCGCUUCUCAUCCACCGCCUCCAGCUCCGCCCCCCGCCCCACGCUCCGCCGCCCCGUCCGCUGCGCCUGCCGAUCCCCCAGCUGACGCCCCAGUCGACGCUCCAGCUCCAGCCGACCCCCCAGCCGAUCCUCCGGCUGAGACCCCUGCCGAGAAGUAG